UUAUUUAGGUAUGGUAUUCUAAUUCAAACUAUUCAUAUUCAUCGAGUGUUUCUGACAGUGAUUGACUUGACACUAAAUUUAUUUUCUACUUUUUGUUUAUUUACUUACGAAAUCGAUACAAUAAGAGUGUAAUAAAAUAAUUUCAUUUCCUUAGGCUGAUGCAGAGAUAGUGGCAAGAUGUGUGACCUGCAGGCCCUGCAAGUGCAGUUGGCGGACAUUGAGAGUGACAGCGAGUGCAGCAGUGAGCGCAGCUCGGUGUACGAGCCCGCCCGGCCGCAGCUGCUCAGCAUGCCUGUGGAGAUAUUUUUAAAGAUCUGCUCAUUCCUCGAUGCAGAUUUCCUAAGUCACACACUGGCCAAAGUAUGCAAAAGGUUUGAAACGAUUCUAGAGGAUAGCCACAUAUGGAAGUACUGGUACCACAGCAAGCUGGAAGGCAGUAUGUACCCACCGCUGCCACACCUGCAGUACUGGGAGGAGCAGCCUAUUGACUGGCAGAGCAUGUGCGUGGAGUCGGCCAGUGAGAAGCGGCGGUGGGAGAAUGUGCAAGAGACCAUGAAGCAUAUUGUGGUGAAGGACAUACACUUUGCGUCGGUGGACACUGUUUUAUUAGUAAAUAACGGCGAGUUGUGCAUAUCCGGCGGCCGCGACCGCGGCAUGGCACUGUGGUGCGUGGGCGACAUCUCGCCGGGCGGGCCGGCGCCGGGCGGCGCGGGCGGCGCCGGCGGGGCGCGCGCCGCGCUCGCCUCCACGCAGCCGCGGCACAUCCGCCACGGCGCGCACGAGGGCUGGGUUUGGGACCUGGCAGCGGAUUGCGAGCACAACACCAAGUUCGUGUACUCCGCGUCCUGGGACAACUCCGUCAAGGUGUGGGACCUCAACCGGGACUUCACAGCCGUGCACUCCUUCAGAUGCGGCAUGUCAGCUCUGUGCGUGGACACCUGCGGCGACAUGGUUCUAGCCGGAUUGUAUUCCAAACGGAUCAUGGCGUUCGAUGUCCGGGUCGGGGCCGAAGCUGUUUGCAAAUACAAGCCGCACAGAGGGCCCGUGCUGGGCCUGGCCACCAGCGGCCAGCAGGUGGCGUCCGUGUCCGAGGACCGCACGCUGGCCGUGUGGGACGCGCGCGCGCGCCGCACGCUCGCGCAGGACCUGCGCCUGCCCACGGACAAGGCCUACCCAGUCUGCGUGUCCUGGGCGAGACCCGCGCUUUAUGUCGGCGACUCUAAGGGAGGGCUACAUCUGCUACACCCGGAGAAGUUCAGCUUAGUGGCUACACAUGAAGUUUGGCAGGAACCGCCAUCUACGCAGCCCGCCUCCAAGAUUACAGGAUGCCUGCAGACGCCAGCCGGACUCAUCUUAGUAUCCGAUCGCGGCGAGAUCAAGUUCCUGUACAACAGCUUCCCCCCGCGAGAGUACUGCAGCACGCGCACCACCGCCCCCGACGUUACGCAGGUGCGGUACCUGAACGGCAUCUUGGUGGUCGGGUCGUGCGACUCUGCGCUGGAGUUCUGGAUCCCGGCCGAUCGCUACGACUCGGCCAUCCCGACUCAAGACUCGUUCUCCGACUCGGCCAUCCUGACCCAAGACUCGUCCUCCGACUCGGCCAUCCCGACCGAAAGCUCAUCCACUGACUCCACCGAGUCCCCAGAGUGAUACACCAAAAUCCUGUAGCUACCGCAGUGUAUUAGUAACAUAGGCAUGGUUUCGUAUGUCAAAAAUAUCUGCGCGCACAAAGUGACAAUAUUAUUUGGACACACUUUAUUGCCGAGAGCGCAUUUGUGUUGUCAAAAUAAUUAGGUCAUUUUGCGAAGUUCUUGAUCAAUGAUUAGAAACUAACAAUUUCACUGCACAAGUGAGUCAAUAGAAAUUCUGAGAUGUAGUACAUUCUGAUGACAUGACAUGUAAAUUGUAGUAAUACUAAGUAAUACUAAUAACCAUACUAAAAUAUUUAACUAGACGAGAAUAUUUUGACAUGUUAAAUGCAGUCACGUUUUCCUAUGACAAAACAAUUCAAAUAUUUUAAUAUUACUGUUAUAAAGUUUUAUCGUUGUUGUAAAGUAUUAUUUUCAGUGAUAAUAGUACAUUACGAUACAAGUGCGAAAAAUAGGAAAUUCGAAAGGAGUGGCGAUAAAUUAAAACACGACCGGAGG